UUGUUCAGAGUUGUCGCAACUACUCGUUCACCACCACCGGUACCGCAGCCUCGUCCUGUACCUGCUAAACAACAGCGACCUCCUUUGAAUAUCGUAUUCCAUUUUUUUCCGAUAUGUUGUUGCAAAUCGAUCAAGGUCGCAAAGUCCUGUGAACGGAUAUGUAACUUCGACGUACUGAAUAAGAAGACGUUGACUGGUAUGUUCCUGGGUACGGAUCCAUGCCCACAAUCACAUGGACUCGAUCUGAUGCAGUGUGCCGCUCAAUCCGAAGACCAUACACAAUGUUGUAUUGAGCGUGGAGUGCACACCACUAGCGCCGGCAACAAAUGUCUCGGAUUUUGCAAUAUGCGACCGGGCAACACGUUCCAGGCCGAUGUUUCUAUGUUACCAUGCUGGAGUGUAUUGAACGACAUCAAAUCUUGCUUCAGGGAUCAUAUUCAAAACAAUUAA